AUGGUAACAUCGGUGUCCAACGUAACGAAGAUAAGACCACCGACGAACUUCAAAGCCCCUCCUCCUCCUAAAAUUAGCGGUACAGUAAGACUUGGAUCAGGAACCCAGAAACAGAACUCCAAGAUCAGUCGUUGUAGAAGGCGAAGGAGAUAUGACAUCAAAGACAGUGAGGAAGUUAGAGGUGGUAUCACCAGUCCCGCAGACAUCGAUAUUGCAAACUCUGUUGAACCUCUCCAUAUCUCCGAAAUCGCCAAAGAACUCAAUCUCAAUCCCGACCACUACGAUCUCUAUGGAAAAUAUAAAGCCAAGGUACUCUUAUCAGUGCUUGAUGAACUUGAAGGAAGAGCUAAUGGGUAUUACGUGGUGGUUGGAGGGAUUACUCCAACACCUCUUGGAGAAGGCAAAUCCACUACUACCGUUGGUCUCUGUCAGGCUUUGGGUGCUUUCUUGAUAAAAAGUAAUUCACAUGAAGAAGGAGUUAUCCCAUAG